AUGCCAGCCCUUCCUUUUGGAAAUCUUCUACAAUCGAACAUUCUUCCACGAAUGCAAAGCAAGCCUGGAAAUGCCGUAUCGUCUCAUAGUCAACCUUUCUUGUUCCGCUUCAGUGAUCCACUUAGCCUCGAUCAGUGUGGAUCGGUUUGUCGCCGUUGCGUUCCCUCUUCACCACAAAAUUUUCAUGAAAAAUGCGGACUUGUGAUUUUGCUAACAGCUUCUUGGGCACUACCGAUUUCAGUUCCUGUUUUGAUGGUUCUCCUUCCGCCGUCCUUUCCCAAAAAGUUCAUGGCGAUGACAUCGUUUUCCUUGAGCUACUUCGUCAUCAUCUUUUCAUACUUUAUGAUCGUAGUAUUUCUGCUCAGGUAUAAGAAGAAAAGAAGGGACCUAACAGCCCGUACAGUUUCCAUAAAGUUUACUUCGCGCAGGGAGGUCCGUGUUGCUUACACUUUAGCUAUUGCAACCGGAGUUUUUACAGUUUGUUGGGUUCCAGUAAAGACUAUGAGGUUUGUCAUAGGUAUGAAGCCAAACAGCCCUUUACACAUGUGGCUCCGGACCUUGGCUCUGUCAAACUCAGCCAUGAAUUUUCUGAUUUACUCUGCAAGAAUGCGCGCCAUCAAAGAGGCAUACUUAAAUAUCUUUCAAAAGAUAUGUCGCUUGUAG